AUGGCCGUCGCCGCUUCGCCCGACCUUGAACCCCCUCCGCCCUACUCGCCGCCGACGGCCCUCGUCGAUUCGGCGGCACCUCCGUCGGCGGCACCCUCGUCUGCGGCGCCCUCGUCGUCGUACUUUUCAAAUCACCUCGCCGGCCUGCGUGGCCGCAUGCACGCCGAGCAGGACGCGCGUCUCUCGGCCCGCGACCGCACCGACGACCGCACGCUCGCCCUCGUCGUGCCCCACGUCGAGCGUCUCCUCGCCUCGGUCGCCGCCAUCGACCCGGCGCCGACGCUCGUCGAGGCCACCGUCGUGCCCGACCUCGCCCUCGCCCACGACUGGCGGCCGAGCGAGGACGAGCGGCGUGCCGGCGAGACGCGGGUGCUCCUGAGGGUGUCGAGGCCGAGCAAGGGAGCCGUCAAGGCCGCGUCCGGCGGCGGCGAGGGCGACGACGAGCUGUGGUGGGCCGACGAGGACCUCGCCCGACGGCUGGCCGCCCACCUGCAGCCCGAGCCGCGUCCGCCUCCGCCUCGACCGACGACGACUGGGGCGCCGGCGACGCAGAGAUCGAGCCGCUGGCCGCUCUUUGGCCGUCCGAAGCCUCCUCCUCCUCCGCCGCCGCCGCCGACGAGCGGGGACGCCGUCGACGACGUGGCCAUGACGGUGGCGGCCGAGGAGGUCACCUUUCGGCGGGAAACCGCCAUGGGCCUCUGGGAGACGCGGACGGGCUGGGGCCUCGUCGUGCGCCUGAGGAUACGACCGCGUGGCUAG